AUGGCCGCUCCGACCGCCGCCGUCGACACCACCGCCCCGCCUCCUCCUCCGUCGGCAGAGCCCGCGGCUGCAUCCGCACCGGAUCAAGAGGUCUCUCCUCCUCCUCAUGCUCCUCAGUCCGAUGCGCCUGCGCCCGCAGUGGCCGCGCUCGAGCCCGCGCCAGCCCCGGCUCCUGCGCCCGUGCCCGUGCCCGCGCCAGCGCCGAGGAAGCGGAAGCUCGAGGAAUCGGGGUUCCACACCUCCGAAUACUACAAGAUCCGUGCCGUCGUCGCCGACCUGCGUGUCCGCUUCGUCCAGGUUUACCAAGCUACUGAUUUCUGCAACACGGAUGCUGCUCGUGAGAUUUUGAAAGAAAUAAAUGUUGUCAUGGAUCUAUCCAAGAAAAUGAGGCUCAAGCUUGGUGCUACUUCUGAGCCUGUGAAACCAUUGGAGAAACCUUCAGCUGGAUUUGUGAAGGAUGAGCUUGUGAAACCAGCAGAGAAGCCUUCAGCUGGACCUGAGACCGCAGAGCCUGUGAAGCCACCAGAGAAGCCUUCAGCUGGACCUGUGACCGCAGAGCCUGUGAAGCCACUAGAGAAGCCUUCAGCUGGACCUGUGAAAAAUGAACCCACUGUACCAGCUCCAGCUGGAGAAAACAAUCAAGCUCACGGGGUAAGCCAGACUACAAUUUCUCCAAAUAAUGCAGGUGUUGAUACACCAGUCAAGCAUGAUAACUCGGAGGCGCAGAAGUGA